AUGUAUAUUAAAUCUUUAUUUUUAUUAGCAAUCGUCGUAUUCUCCGGCAUUGUUAUUCCAGCUUUGGGAGAUGCUGAAGGUCUCGACUUUGAUUUCUUUGGAGGAGGCCCAAGCUCAUACGACUCGUACAGUUUAAGCAGAUCAUGCAGAAACAAGAACUUUAUAACUUUGCCAUUGGGUACUGCCGGUGGUUUGGACGAGAGCAACCUUUCGGCCUUCCUCCUAGCCCGUAAGGACAACAACGUCUUUGUUGCUUUGGACGCUGGAAACAUCUGGAGUGGAAUCAGCAAGUACAUCUCUGCCAGAAACCUCGCCUCUAUCUUUGACAUUCAAUACCCCGCCUAUGCCAAGACCACCGACCAAAAGGCCGCCUGGUUCCUCCGUAACCACAUUGCCGGUUACAUGGCCGGUCACUCUCACUUGGACCAUUUGGAAGGUUUGAUUGAAAACUCUGCCGAAGACGCCCUCUCCUACACCCAUCUCAACUAUGGUAUCACCGACGGUAUCCUCUCGAUGAUCCAACCAUACCUCGCUCCAAACACCACUGCCGGUGUCCUCAGAAGAAAGCCAAUUCUCGGUCUCAACAGCACCCUCCAAGCCAUCGACAUCCACUUGUUCAACAACAUCAUCUGGCCUGAUCUCGCCCUCUACGGUCGUUACUCGUACAAUGUCUUGACCAACGCCUCCACCCAAAACUUUGCCGCCGCUUCUGGCUGGAACGUCAAUGCCAACAUUGCCGGCACCAUCUUUGCCAACAUGGACGUCUCCACUUUCGAAACCUGUCACAACGACAUCUUCUCGACCGCCUUUUUGUUCACCGACCAAAUUACUGGCGAACAAUUCGUCUUCUUCUCUGACACUGGUAUCCCAAGCGGUACCUACAACUGCGACUGGAAGCAACGUAUCCACAACGUCUGGGCUCAAGUCAAGAUUGACAAGCUCCGUGCCGUCUACCUCGAAGUCUCCUUCCCCAACUCGACCCCAGAUGCCUCCAUGUUUGGUCACGUCCGUCCAAAGGAUGUCCUCGCCCUCCUCGAUGACCUCGUCGAUCUCUCUGUCCAAACCACCCCAUUCACCGAGAGUCUCUCACACGUUAAGCUCAUCGUCCAACACAUCAAGCCAUACGCCAACGCUGCCACCUUCACCAUCCCAGUCUCCAAGGUCAUCGAAAAUGAACUCAAGGCCGGUAACACCCACAACAUCCAAGUUGUCAUCCCAGAACAAGGUGUUCCAAUUUGUUUCUAA